AUGGAGUCAUCACCCAAACAUCACUGGAAUCUUCGCUGCCCAUUACCCUGGGGAAGAGAGUGGAAAUUCGCUCGUGGACAUCCUAUGGGGCGAUUAAACCCUUCAGCAAAGUUGCCUUAUACCAUACCGGCCAAAGAGUCUGAUUACGAUAUACCCAUCACUUACGUACCGGCCUCCAACCGAGACCCCAAUGCCUGGCAAGCGGAUUUUACCGAAGGGUUGAUGAUAGAUUACCGCCAUUUCGACAAAUACAACAUUACGCCCCUUUAUCCAUUUGGUUUUGGCUUAAGCUACACCACCUUCGACAUAACCCCACUCCAAAUAUCCUCUCCCUCAUCCUCUCCAAUCUCACCAACCCCCGACUCUUCGGCUAAAAUCGCACCGGGUGGAAACUCUGAUCUCUACACCACGAUACUCACGACAACAACAACACUCUCAAAUACAGGAUCUGUUACAGGCGCUCAAGUAGUCCAGCUCUACCUGUCUUUCCCACAAGACACCUCUCCGCCUAAUACCCCAAAACGGGUUCUUAGAGGAUUCGAAAAUGUAGAACUAGGUAGUGGAGAGGCAAGAGACGUAACAUUUGCGUUAACUCGAAGGGAUUUGAGUUAUUGGGAGGUUGAGGAAGGAUCAGUGGAAGAUUCCUGCGGGAGAGUUUGA